AUGGGGAAAGGAAGAAGUCCUGGGAAGUGGAUUAAGAACUUGUUCUCAGGGAAGAAGUCAUCGUCGAAGUCUAGUUCGUCGAAGAAGGAUGAUGUUUUUAAAUCUUUGAGUAACAAGGAUAGUUUGGGGUUUUCUGAGUUGACUGUGUCUAAUCCAAUUCCAACUGUGGAUUCUUUGCUAAUAUCACCGCCGAUAUCUGGAGCUAAUGUUGCCAAAGGAUUGUUUUCGGAAAAGGAAGUAGUUAAUAGGUCGUCAUCACACGAGAGGGAAAUUGUCUCAAGUGGUGUGGAAGAGGCUCAGGCACCUCCUGUUGCUAAUUUUGCAUCUCAAGUUGAUCUUGAGACUCUCACGCUUACAGAUGCAGCUAUUAAACUUCAGGCUGCUUGUAGAGGCUAUCGGGCUCGCUUGGAAUUUCAAACACAAAAAGCUAUCACACAGCUGCAAGCUCUUAUUCGUGGUCACUUGGUUAGAAGACAAGCUGUUUCGGCUUUAUAUUGUGUGAAGAGAAUCGUUAAAGUCCAAGCAUUGGCCCGUGGUUACAAUGUUAGGCGUUCUGAUAUUGGGCUUGAGGUCCUGAAAAUUCGUAAGGAUACUCAAUGUUCAAAAUCUAUUGGCGCAGUUACAUCCACCGAGGCAGAGAAGCUGCCCAAUAAUGUCUUUGUCCACGAGCUGCUGGCUUCAUCGUCCCCUGCUUUUCCUCUAUCUCUCAGUAGCAAUCUUGCAGAACCUUACUUGGCGGAAAACUGGCUUGACCGAUGGACUAGGUCACACUUUUGGGCACCUCUUCCUAAAUUGAAGAAGAAACAUGAUUUGGCAUCUGUUGAAAAAAAUAUCAGUUCUCAAACAGUUGAAAAAGGACAAGUUAAAAGGAAUGCUCGGAAAUCUCCUACUGUGAAAGCCAAUGACGGCUCAACUUCAGGUUCUAACAAACAGAAACAAGGUCUAAAAAAGGAUUCAAAUCACUCAUUGAUUUCAGCUCAGGAACACGAACACCCAAGGAAAGAAAUUGAGAAAAGCAGUAUAAAAAAAACUCGUAUGCAGAAUGUUUCAGACAGAUCUGAGAUUGUUAGCGAGAAAAGAAAACACAGCUCUAGGCCAAUUUCAGAUCACACUGUUGCCGAUGUUUCAGAGCAGGGGCCAAAUUCCUCUUCUGAGAAAAGGAAAGUGAUAACAGUGCCGAAGUCUGAAGAAUCUUACCCCGAGAAAGGUCUUGGAAAGAAAGCACUAGAAGAGAAUAAUGAUAAGCCGAAGAAGAGCAUAAAUGGCGGUACCAUAGAACAGAAAGGUCUUGGACAGAAAGCACCAGAAGAUAAUAAUGAUAUGCCAAAAAUGAGCUUAAAUGGUGAUGCGAAAGAAGAGAACGGUCUUGGACAGAAAGCACUAGAAGAUUAUAAUGAUAAGCCAAAGAAGAGCUUAAAUGGUGGUGUGAAAGAAGAGAAAGGUCAUGGACAGAAAGCACUAGAAGAUAUUAAUGAUAAGCCAAAAAAGAGCUUAAAUGGUGGUGUGAAAGAAGAGAAAGUUCUUGGUCAGAAAGCACUAGAAGAGAAAGCUCAUAAUGAUCCUACUGCUGUUUUACAGACUAGUGUGAAGAAUGUAGGAGAUGUUAAAGUAGGAGUUAGCGAAGACCUAAAUGGUGGUGACAAAAUUAUCAGCAACAAUUACCAAAGAAGAGCGUCACUACCUGCUAAUUUUAAUGAUCAAGAGAAUGAGUUACAUAACACUCCAAGACUGCCGAGUUAUAUGGCUCCUACUGAAUCAGCAAAAGCUAGGCUAAGGGGACAAGGCUCCCCUAGAUUUGCUACCGAUUUUCUAGACAAAAACAGUUUAACCCGGAGGCAUUCACUUUCAUCCUCGUUUAACAGCAAGUCAGGUUCAUUUUCCCCGAGAGCAGAAAAGCUGGUAAGUUUGAGCAGCAGAGGAGUUGCGAGGACUGAUAAAUCUCUUUCAUCUUCAAGGGAUGGGACUGAUAAGUUGACACAACCUCAGUGGAGAAGGUGA